AAAAUAUAAAAAUAAAAGUUCAUUGUUUGUGCUGCUGGCAGGAUAACGUUACUAGUCCCAAAACGUCGGUGUUUGUUUUUUUAGUAGCCCGUAUUCACGAUUUGUGGAAGAAGAAAAAAACGACGACUCACCAUCGAGUCUUUCCACGAAGAAAGAGGAACUCUCUGCCUGUAGAUGAACAACCACGGGAAUAAGAGGGCACCGACCACAGCCACCCAGAGACUAAAGCAGGACUACCUCAGGAUAAAGAAAGACCCUGUGCCUUACAUCUGUGCUGAACCCCUACCAUCCAACAUCCUCGAAUGGCACUAUGUUGUUCGAGGUCCUGAGAAAACUCCAUACGAAGGGGGAUAUUAUCAUGGCAAACUAAUAUUCCCUCGGGACUUCCCCUUUAAACCACCCAGCAUCUACAUGAUCACACCUAACGGGAGAUUUAAGUGUAACACACGGUUAUGUCUGUCCAUCACUGAUUUCCACCCGGACACGUGGAACCCAGCCUGGUCCGUCUCCACCAUCCUGACUGGUCUGCUCAGCUUCAUGGUGGAGAAAGGCCCUACUCUGGGCAGCAUCGAGACCUCUGACUACACUAAACGACAGCUGUCAGCCCAGAGCUUGGCUUUCAACCUAAAGGAGAAGGUUUUCUGUGAAUUGUUUCCUGAUGCCGUUGAUGAGAUAAAGCAGAAACAGAAGGCCCAGGAGGAGUUGAGUGCCCGUCCCCUCCCCCUCCCCGACGUGGUUCCUGACGGCGACCCUCAACACGGCAACUACGGAAUCCCCGCCCUCAACGGAGGCCACGGCCCUCUGGGCCCCGCUAACCCCGCCCCCGGCCUCCAGCAGGCCAAUCGGAACCACGGACUGCUGGGCGGCGCCUUGGCCAACCUGUUUGUGAUUGUAGGGUUCGCGGCGUUUGCCUACACGGUGAAGUACGUGCUGCGGAGCAUCGCCCAGGAGUGAGAGAGGAGAGGAUGAAGGAGAGCAGAGGGUCAGCUACAGGACUAUUGUAUGAUUUAAACACAUUAUUGAUAGAAAUUCUGAGCCACCCCCCUGAAGGAGGGCUGGGGAAGCAGGUGGGGGGGGUUUGGGGGGUGACUGGGACAGGGUUGUUUGGGAUCACGGUUGUUGAUCCACUCUGUGCUUUCGGUGGUUAUGACCUAAUACCCGGUAGAAGAAGUGCUUGGCUCAUGGGUUGACCGCUGGCUCAGAACAUUUUCAAGUAAUUGUUGUUCUCUGCCUAUUUACUCUGAAGCCACUGUAUUGUUAGUGUUCUGUGUGCUAGAUACAUUUUCAAUCUAUUGUGCCGCCAUAUUGGUGGGUCCCUGUAAAAACACAAAAGAAAAAAAAAAAAAUAUCAUGUGGAUUUUGGAACCAUGUUUUCAUUCUGCCUGUUCCAGUUCCACAAAGUAUGUCUUAAGUGGGGAUAGAUAGCCCUCUGUUGCCCGGGAAACAAGGUUCAGACUCACUUGGGUAAGUGUUGCCCUUCUGUCCUGUGUCACCUUCGACAGGUAAGACAGACUCCACCCCCCCCUGAGUCCUAAAUCAGUUGUCACUGUGUGUGUUUAGCAAAUACAACAAGGUAGAUUAUUGUGCCCCAAAUGGCCCCCUAUUCCCUUUGUAGUGCACUACUUUUGACCAGGACCUAUAGGGCUCUGGUCUAAAGUACUGCACUAUAUAGGGGAUCGGGUGCCAUUUGGGACACCGGCUCAGUCAGUCUGUCUGCUGUGGCUUUUUCCCAAAAUGGCUGACCCCCCCUCCCCUCUGGGUGUCUUCUUCAGAAUGGGUUCAUGAUACCAUUGUCACUCUUCAUUUACCUUCUUGUCUGGUUUAAACCAUAUACACGACUCGCAGGUUUGGCCCGUUUUAAAUCACUGACAAUGCUGUCCUUUUUUUUAUGGGGUUAUUAGUUGCAAAAUAAGGGGGUUGUAAAGGAUAAUGAGGAAGUUGGUUGAAAUGACGUCACAUAAGAAUGGAAAACCCAGGGAACUGAACCGCUUAGCUGGCCUUAGAGCAUGUUGUCUGUCUGUGUCUUUUACAAUGCUACUGACCCACUCAAACAUUUUGAAAAGAGAAGUAUGGACAUGGUGGAUGGGUUAACUACAGUAGUGGAAUAAUUAGGUUAUAAAUAGUAACCUAUUUAAAUAGUUAUCCCAAGGCAGUUGAUUCUGCCUAUAUACAUUUAAUUCUACUGAAACAAAAAUAUGAACUCGACAUGUAAAGGGUUGGUUUCAUAAGAUGCCAGACCGGUUCCAUAUGUACAAGUGUUUUUCAAAAAUGUUGGGCACAAAUGUGUUUACAUCCUUGUUAGUGAGCAUUUCUUCUUUUGCCAAGUGGCAUAUCAAGAAGCUGAUUAAACAGCAUGAUCAUUCCACAGGUUCACCUUGUGCUGGGGGGGCAAUAGAAGGCCACUCUCUAAACUGUGCAGUUUUGUCACACAAAGCAAUGCCACAGAUGUCUGAAGUUUUAAGGGAGCGUGCAAUUGGCAUGCUGACUACAGGAAUCUCCACCAGAGUUCCUGCCAGAGAAUUGAAUGUUCAAUUCUCUACCAUAAGCCGCCUCAAUGUCGUUUUUUUGUUUUGGCAGUAUGUCCAACCGGCCUCACAACCACAGACCGUGUGUAACAACGCCAGCCCGGGAUCUCCACAUCGUCUGAGACCAGCUACCCGGAUUGCUGAUGAAACUGAGUAUUUCUGUCUGUAAUAAAGCCCUUUUGUGGAGAGAAACUCAUUCUGGUUGGCUGGGCCUGGCACCCAAGUGGGGUGGGCCUAUGCCCACCCAUGGCUGCGCCCCUGCCAAGUUAGGUGAAAUGCAUAGAUUAGGGCCUAAUGAAUUUAUUUCAAUUUGAUUGAUUUCCUUAUAUGAACUGUAACUCAGUGAAAUUGUUGCAUGUUGUUUUUUUCAGUAUAGCUAAAUUCCCCAUCUUAAAAUACCAUGUCAACCUACCUGUGUGUUUUGGUAUAGCUGAUAUCUGUUUAUGUUUGGGUGAGUUUCAAUAUGUGCUGUGGGUCAUUAGGCUUGUCUUUAAACCAUGACAAAGGACAUCAAAAAGACAGACUGCAUCUGACUAGAGCACUAAAUAGGAAAUGGGGUAGGAGAUAUGAGUUGACUCGUCUCUCGGCUGGUGUUUUGUUGUCAGUCAACCCAACCCGUGAGCCAAGGCAGUUAAGUCCAGCGCUGUCAAUCUCCCAUGUUGCGCUGAGACGGGGGAUCUCCAAUGUGCUUAGCUGACCUUUUUUUUUUUACAACACAUCGCUCUAUAUAGGCCCCAAUGAGGAGACAACAGUCUAUAUAGGCCCCAAUGAGGAGACAACAGUCUAUAUAGGCCCCAAUGAGGAGACAACAGUCUAUAUAGGCCCCAAUGAGGAGACAACAGUCUAUAUAGGCCCCAAUGAGGAGACAACAGUCUAUAUAGGCCCCAAUGAGGAGACAACAGUCUAUAUAGGCCCCAAUGAGGAGACAACAGCACAUGGAGAGGUAAACCUUUGUGUUAAAUAUGGAUAUAUUAUUUUAUAUAAUAGUAGCCAUGGUGUGGCAGUCUGUUAGAUCGGGAACCAGCUUUCUUGUCCCUGGCAGUGUACAAAAUGGCACCUUAUUCCAUGUCUUGUUCGCUACUUUUGACCAGAGCCUUUGCAAAGGUAUAAGGAAUAGGGUGUCAUUUGGGACACAUCCCGUCUUGCCAAACAGGACAGGGCUGAGAGUAGAGCUGGUUAGUGUGAAAAAACACCAGCACCUCCCUGGCUAGUAGAAUUACUCAUUUACAUUGCAUUUAGUGCAGAUUGUUCUACAGUGUAGCCUACUUUUGACUUCAGGAAGCAGAAGGAAAAAAAUACGUUCAGAUAAUAGCAGAAGACUUGAACAAAGCUCUUUUUUGUCUCUUGUUCUGGCCCUUUUUUUUAAUGAUAGUUCAUUUGAGAUGCACAGCAAAAACACACAAAUUCCAGGCUUCAUAAUUAUCUCGUUUUGAAAUUGUAUGUUUUCAUAGUUAAUGCAAAUAAAUGUACCCCGCCAUUUUA